UGGCGCAGGGCGGGGACGGGGUGGAAGCCGGGGAAAAGUUGGGGAAAGUUUAGGAAAGAGUUGACCUGGGCACCUCCACCCCUUCCCAACACUCACACACGCACCACACACCCUCCCCCCCUACACCCCACACCUCCCCACCACACCCACACAUGCUCCUGGCCUGGGGCAGAGCGGGGCGCAGAGAAAUGGGACGUAGGUGGGAUCCCGGAGCUACAAGGGAUGGAGGAUCCUAAUACCUUCACAGUCAGGGGAGGACCCAAAACAGAGCCUUUACUGUUAGGAGGCAGGGGGAAGUGGGUCCUUAGAGCUGGGAUUUAGGAUUUAGGGGCUGGGGAGGAGAUUCUCAAAACUUUGGAUAGAAAACGUCACUGGGUGCCUCUCCCUUCUUGGAGAAUGGAGCUGGUGCUAGGGACUAUCUGGCCCUGCUCCAAUCUCAGGCUGCCACAGACGGGCUCCGGGAGAAUAUCUCCCCAACUCCCCGCAAUUCAGCUAUCCCAGGACGGAUCUCUUCCCCUCUUCAACAGCUGGAAGCAGCCCCAUGGGUCACCCCGAAGCUUUCCCAGCUACUCCUGAAUAUUUUAUGAGGGCGGCGGGUCAGAGACGCGGUUCCCAUGACACUCGCGGUCUCCAGUUACCGACCCACUAGCCGACCCCUCCUUCCGGCCACCGGCUUCCCUAUUCUCCUUUCCUUCCUUCCCAACUUUCUUGUGUGAAGCACCGCAGGUUGUGGUUCUGUGUGUAGGAAAAUAAUUGUAAAUGUGUGUCUCCAUGUGGGCAUAAUCAUAGAUGUGUAUCUUCUUGUGACUACCUGGACCUAACUCUGUGUGCAUGUGUGUUCCUGGCAUUUGUGUAUGAUUCUUGGCCCCUGGGUGCUGUUUCUGUACAAUUAUGAAAUGUUGGUGGUGAAUGUAUAUGUUCCCUGGGCCUAUGGCUAGAAGAAAUCCCUAAGUCCAUUAGACCCCAGGUCUACCCUUAGAACAAAAUGGACCAAGGAGGGAAGCCAGUGACCUCUCUGCCCAGCCUUUCAUUCACAGGAAAUGUCACCUGUUCUCUCCAAGAUGACACUGAACAACCAGCAGGAUCCCCAGACAGUCCUGAGGAGGCGGUCCAGCACCCCAUUGUGCAUAGCACCAAAGUCUAGGUCAGGUCUUUUGGCCCCAAAGCCCCCCAGGAGACUGAAUCACCCCCAGCUCUGCCAGUCAUCCUCUCUCAAUCCCCCGGCUCGGCCCCCUUCACCUGCCCUGGACAACUGGUCCUCAGACUCCAGCGACUCUGGUGAUUCCCUAUACCGGGUAGUGCUCCUUGGAGACCCCAGGGUAGGGAAGACCAGCCUGGCAAACCUUUUUGCUGGCAUACAAGAUCGAGACCUACAGGAGCAUCAGGGAGAGGAUGUGUAUGAGAGGACCCUGUCUGUGGAUGGUGAGGACAUGACACUGCUACUUAUGGACACCUGGGAGUCAGAGAAAAGGGAUGAGAACAGCUGGCACCGUGAUUAUUGCCUACAAGUGGGCAGUGCCUAUGUGAUCGUGUACUCCAUCACAGACCGAAGCAGCUUUGAGAGUGCCUCUGAGCUGCGCAUCCAGCUUCGAAGGACCCGCCAAGCAGACAACAUUCCCAUUAUCCUAGUGGGGAAUAAGGCAGACCUGGUGCGCUGUCGCGAAGUCUCUGUGGAAGAGGGACGGGCUUGUGCUGUGGUAUUCGACUGCAAGUUCAUUGAGACAUCAGCAGCCCUCCAGCACAAUGUGACUGAGCUUUUCGAGGGCAUUGUGCGCCAGAUCCGCCUGCGUCAGUUGGAUCAAGAAGCUAAUGGGCCCCGUCUUCCAGACCCUCGCCCCAAGAGCCUCAGCCAGAGGGCCCGACGGUUCCUGGCCCGGCUGGCCAUACGAAACAACAGGAAGCUAGCACUAAAGGCCCGAUCCAAGUCCUGCCAUGACUUGUCUGUGCUCUGACACUAGGCUCAACAUCACUGAGCUUCAAGAAUGUAAGAGGGAGAAGGGAGGUACCUGGAAUAGCUCCAGAUGUUCCUCUAGCCACUUUCCCCAUCCUUAUAGCCACCUCCCUCCUGCACUGAACCUAUUAUCUUAUCCUCCAAAUAUCACUGACAUGACCAACCAGAAUGAUUUCACAUUGGAAGGAGAGAGAUUCCAAGCCUUCAGAGGACAAGGCAAUUUGGAAAGGAUAGUCUAUGUCUAAGGGGGUGAACCUAGAUGUAUUCUCCAAUAUUAUGAGGCCCCCUCCCUGUUCAUACCCCAAAAUAGGGAAGCCAGUGUGGUCUGGUUCAUCCAAAGAAUGGAGUACUGGCACCUCUGCUUUGCCUGGGAAUCAGGAUAGAGAGUGCCAAUGUUGACCAAGUGAUCCAACUGCCAGCCCUGAACUCUCAGGAGCAGUAGGUAGGUAGCAAGCUAAGGGAAACAACAGGUGGUAGCCAAUAAGGCCAAUAAAACCAUCCUUUACAGGAGUAGAACUCCCUAGCUGGAGACAGGAUGGGCAGGAGGAGAUAUAUGGCACCAUUUAUACCUUUUUUUGUAUUACCUGUCUCAUCACCAAGCUCUCCAGCCAAUUAUGGUCCCAGAAGUUCCUGCAAUAAAGCAGACCUAAUACUCCCAUCCAUUAGUUGCUGUGUCUGCUCAGAGACCUACUUUUCCUUUUUUUUAAGUCAGGACAGAAUCUGAGAGAGAGAGAGAUUGAGAGAGAGAGACAAUUAAAGGAUUUAUUUCUCCCCUUCCUAAAUCUGGCUCCAUCAAUAAUACUUCCCAAACUAGACCUCUGGUUGGCCUAGGAUACUCAAAUUCAUUUAUCUGGGCAAUAAGAACAUAUGGAAUUAUAGCUGUGUGUUCAGCUUGGGCUAGAAGUAAUGAAGAAACUGGAGCAUGCCAGCCCCUGGCCUCAAAAAGCCCUGACAACAUUUGGUACAGUUCUGUCUUAGUAACCUAUUUUACAGAUUAGAAAAAUUCAAGAGCAUGUUAGAACUGAAAGGAAUAGAUUGUUGGAAAAAGAAGAGUCUUUAGAAAAUAGAAUAUUUGAGUUGAAAUUAUCCAGUCCCACUCACUCAUUUCAUAGAGAAGAAAUCCGAAACUUAGAAAGGAGAAGGACUCACCCAAAGUCACAUAGUGGGCUUGUGACAAACUUCCUAGGAUCAUGCUUUUUCCAUUAUAAAAUGCUGCCUAUCUACCAACUCUAAUGGAAGGUGCCAGGGUUCCCCUCCCUGACAACCCCAGAUGUGGGGAAGAUUGGAAGCAGCCCAACAUCUGGCUGAUGGGGGUUGGGAAGAGGAGAGAAUGGUUCCAGGGCCAAGAUCAGCCAAAUAUGGAGUUUCCAGCUAGAAUGGACUUGAGAGGCCCCAGUGAAUUACUGUCUCUUGUUGGGAUAAGGGGAAUGGAGUUUGUGAUGGGUACUGACUCUAAUCCUGUCCUAAGGCAAAAGUCCUUCCUCCACCAUAUUCACACACACACACACACACACACACACACACACACACACACACACACACACACACACACACCCCUCUUCUAAAUCCACCCCAGACAUCUUCAGCAUAAGUAUCUUUACUGCCCCUGAAAUGAUACAAGUAAGCUGGCAGCUACAGCAGGCACCCAGAAUCCUUGGAUGGAACUCAUCCUUCCCUUCUCACCCCCUCCUCACAUACACACAGUAGAAAACCUGAUAAGGAUCUUCGAAUAUAGGAUGUUUAUGACAAAGGAAUCCUUAGAACAGAGGAUGUGUGCUAGAAGAUCCCUCAGAACAUAGAACAGUAAUUAUAGAACUUUAGAACAUAAGGUAACAGCCAGAAGGCACUUUAGAACAUUAGUAAUAGAAAGAUUUUUAGAACAUAGCAUAUUGCCUCGGUUGGAUGGUGGAGAGAGUGUGAGACUUAACAAUCAGGAACACUGGAGUUUAACUACCUCUAGAUAAAAUGGUGAUAAUAACUGGGCUUACCUGCUGGAGUUGGGAGGAUCAGAUUCAUUAACAUAUGUAAAGUGCUUUGAAAA